AUGCAGACGGACUACAAUAUUGGCUACAGCACGGUCGCCCUCAUUUUCGUCGUCGGCUGUCUGGGCUUCGUCAGCGGUGGCUUCCUCAAUGUAUAUGUCGACCAAAAGUUCGGCUUCGGCAAGGCGAUUGUUUUCGGCGCCAUCUUCCAGAUGUGCGGGUAUAUCAUCAUGGCACCACACCCGCCAUUCGGCGCCAUUGUCGUCGCCUACGGCUUCACCGGCUUCGGCAUGAGCUACAUGAAUGCUCAAGGAAAUGGAUUUGUUAGUCGUCUUCCUGACGCGCCUACGAAGCUGGGAUUCCUGCAUGCAUCAUAUGGUCUCGGCGCUUUCACCUCGCCCUUCUCCGCGACGUACUUUGCGACGGCGCCGAACUGGACCCACCAUUACUUCGCUUCCAUGAGCCUCGCGGCGCUCAAUGUCGUGCUGCUUACCCUCGUCUUCCGUGGACAACGUCAGGAGGUCGUCAUGACGAAGGCCGGCCUCGGUACGCCCGCUGAAGACGGCGGGCUCGCGAGCGGGAACCUCUACCGCCAGAUCUUCCCGAUCCGCACUGUGUGGCUGCUCGCAGCUUUUGCGCUCAUCUACAUCGGUGUCGAGGUUACGCUUGGUGGCUGGAUCGUUACCUUCAUCAUACACGUUCGUGGCGGCAGUGAGGACGAUUCCGGCUACAUCUCGUCUGGCUUCUUUGGCGGUCUCAUGCUCGGACGUCUCAUCCUGCUUCCGCUCAACAAAUGGAUCGGCCCGAAGCGGGUCAUCUUCCUGUACACCAUCAUCUCCAUCGCGCUCGAGCUCACCGUGUGGUUCGUGCCAUCUGUCGUUGGGAAUGCGACUGCAGUCUCCAUCAUCGGCUUGCUCCUCGGGCCUAUGUUUCCUAUCAUCGUCAAUCAUGCGUCCCAUGUCAUCCCCAAGCAUCUUCUCACGCCCAGUGUCGGAUUUAUCACAGCUAUUGGCGUGUCGGGCUCUGCUGUUCUUCCCGUCGUGACUGGCUUGUUGGCCAACAACUACGGCAUCCAAUCGUUACAGCCGCUCAUGAUCUCCAUGAUGGCGGCCAUGUUCGUCCUCUGGACGCUCGUUGUCAUCACUCCCGCUCGUGCGAACUAG